AUGACUCCGGAAUCUCCGCGGUGGCUUGUUCUUCGAGAUCGAUCUUGCGAAGCAAAGCCCAUUAUUGUGAGGCUCAUCGAUAUGCCUGAAGCUAGUGAAGUGGUUCAGCGGAAUUUACAAGAUAUUAUUGACACUGUGCAACAUAGCAAGAACUUCAACGGCCCGGCAUGGCAGAGUUCUUCAGUGGCGGUCAUUCACAGACCUUUCAUCGCAUCCUCCUUGGCGCUAGUGCAUCAUUCAUGCAACAAGCUGGACGAACUAAUUUCUCGAAUGGCACUUAUUCUAGCCGUGGUAGAUUUUGUGAGCUUUGCCUUCUGGACUUUGCUUGGUGCUUUCCUGUUGGACCGGGUUGAACGCAAGAGAGUCUUCCUCAUUGGGGCAAUUGGUCAAGCAAUAUGUUUUGGAAUGGCAGCGUUAGGAAUUGGAAUUGGAACAAAGCCAAUGAAUGCUUUUGCCAUUGCAUUCAUAUUUACCUUCUAUAUUUUCCAGGUUUGUGUAUUCUUCGCACCCCACGAUCUAUUCUUUCCAGUUAAUUUUUUAAAAUCUAUCUCACUAAAUAUAGGGAACAUCAUUUUGUCCCAUAUUCUUCAUUUAUCCCUCUGA